AUGGCCGCGCCAGAGACCGUCGACACCUUCCAGCAUCAGUUCGAGUUCGUUUAUGAGGAGGUUCCUGUGGCUCUCUAUCGAUGCACUGAGACUGGAUUGCGAGUGGCGGCCGCGCAGGUCAAGUCGCCGACCGUGCAUGGUUACUUUACGGUGCAAACGGAAGCCUUUGACGAUUUCGGAUGCCCACACACUUUGGAACAUUUGAUCUUCCUUGGCAGCGAGCAGUACCCCUUCAAAGGUGUCCUGGAUGUUUUAGCCAACCGCUGCUUGGCUCAGGGCACCAACGCGUGGACGGCGACAGAUCACACUUGCUACACAGUGGACACGGCCGGAGCGGAGGGCUUCCUCCGGUUGCUGCCGGUCUACUUGGAUCACGUGCUAUUCCCCACUUUGAAGGACAGCGGCUUCGUCACUGAAGUGCAUCACAUCACUGGGGAGGGCGUCGAUGCGGGAGUGGUCUACUGCGAGAUGCAAGCAAGGGAGAAUGAGGCUGGAGACAUGUGCGACCGUGCCAUGCGCCUGGCAGCCUAUCCAGGCCGCUGUGGCUACAAAUCCGAGACCGGAGGACGCCUCAAGGAGUUACGCGAGUUGACCAACGCCACGGUGCGAGACUACCACAAGUCUUACUACAGGCCGGACAAUUUUUGCGUGAUUGUCACUGGACAGGUGCCAUGGCUGGGGUUGUUGAAGGCCUGCGCACCCACUGUGGCCAGCAUCAAGAAGAGCCACUUCAAAGGGCUUCCGGCCAUGGAGAGGCCCUUCUCCAGCGCUGUGCCUGGUGUUAGCCAGCAGCAGGAAGUGAGGAUGACCUUUCCUGCAGAAGAUGAAAGCACAGGAGCGAUCUGCGAGCUUUGCUGGCACGGCCCAGGAUGGUCUGACUUGGAGAAUGUGGUCGCUUUGAAGGUCUUGCUGGCGUACCUAUGUGAAGAUUCCAUCUCACCGCUGCGGAAGGCACUGGUGGAGACCGUGCCACCGUUGUGCGGGAAGAUCUCCGAAGGUUUGCACGAGUACAAGACUCAGCUCAUUAACAUCACCUUAAAGAGCUGCGACGUGGAACAGCUCCAGAAGAGAGACGUCACCUCUGAGGUGCAAGCAGCCUCUCCCUGA